UGCCGAGGAGGAGGCUCCGCUCCUCCCCUGACGGUGCACUCGGCGGGGGGAGGAGGAGGAGGAGGAGGAGGAGGGAGGCCUGGAAAGAUGCCGGCUCACUCCCCCAAAUCCCGGAACCGGGAGCCGAAAGGUGGCGGCAGGCUGGAGUACCUGGUGGCGGGGAGGCCUCCGGGCCUCCUGCAGAGAGGGGCCAGCCCCGAGCCUCCGUCGCCUCGGCACCGGGCGGUGCAGCAGCUGGAGGCGGGGGCAGCGGGCUUCCGUCGGGACUCGGGCUCCGGCCUAUACCCCUGCCCGCAGCCCGAGGAGGACUGCAUGAAGCUGAACCCGUCGCUGCUCGGCAUCGCCCUGCGCUCGCUGCUGGCCAUCGACCUGUGGCUCUCCAAGCGCCUGGGGGUGUGCGCCACCGAGGACUCGGCCUGGGGCAGCGCCCGGCCCAUCAUGAAGCUGAUCGAGGUGUCGGGCCACGGCAUCCCCUGGAUCGGGGGCACCUUGUACUGUCUGUGCAAGAGCGACAGCACCGCCGGACACGAAGUGCUGCUCAACCUGCUGCUGGCUUUGAUCCUGGAUCUAAUCCUGGUAGGUAUUGUCAAGUCACUGGUCCGCAGGCGUCGACCUUCACAUAACAAGAUGGACAUGUUUGCUACCUUCUCUGUGGACCGAUACUCAUUCCCGUCAGGCCAUGCAACCAGAGCAGCAUUGGGAGGUCGAUUCUUCCUCAAUCACUUGGUUUUAGCCAUUCCGCUGCGCAUUCUGAUUGUGCUAUGGGUUUGUAUCGUGGGACUGUCACGAGUGAUGCUGGGAAGACAUAACGUGACUGAUGUUGUUUGUGGAUUUAUCAUGGGGUAUCUGCAAUAUAGCCUGGUGGAGUAUAUGUGGUUGUCACCCAGUAACCUGCAGACAUUUCUGAGAUUAUGCGGACUUAAAUAAUUAAGUGUAGAUUUUUUUUGUGCAGUCUGUAUCUGUUCCAACUUAUUAUUGUUCUGUAUACCUAACAUUGUAAAUUGAUAGUGCACAAUUAUUUGAUUUUAUAUUCUGACCUUUACUUUAACAUUGUAUCUUGUUUAGCUAAUGUUCAAAACUCCAAAACAAUGUCUAAUACAGUAAAAUUAUAAUAAGUCAAAUUGCAGGGGAAUUCACCUACAAUAGCACAAUUAACAGAGCUUCAACAUAGUUAAGACUAAGCACCUGUGUAAUACAAUUUGUUGACAGACACGCUCUAUCAAAACAAAACCAAAUGAAAACACUUAAUGCAGAAAAUAUGUGACAAAUGACUUUACUUUCAAAUUUGUUCUCACCUUACAAUGGCUGGACCUUAUACAGUAAAGGCUAUUGAAAAUGUUGAAUGUUAGCUUUGUUUAAAAAAAAACUUUGUUUUGCUUAAAAUGCUACCUUUGGAAGUGCCCUGUGUUGGUAGUGCAGUCAAAUGUAUUUUGUGUUUUAAUGCAUAGUGUGAAGUCUGGAGCAUUUCUGCAGUCUCUGUGCUUGUUUGCUCAAUAAUAUGGGUGAGACUAUUUUGCAGCCAUUCCCAUGAUAUUGUGCUCUCAUGUGGCCUAAUUUGCUCCAAUUGAUUGACAUAGUUGUACGAGAAUUGUGCACAAGGUCAGUGGUUCCAGAGUUACCAGUCCAGAAGUUUAGCUUACCACUGGUAUUCAUUUAUUGGAAUUUCUAUUUUGCAUUGGAAACACCUGAUAAUUACACCAGAGUUUUGUGUUAUCAGAAUUUGACUCAUUGUGAUUUCACUGGAUUUUAUUUUGCUUACUUCACAAUUCUUUUAUUUUUAGCUGGAAAGAAACAGGUUGAGAUGAGUAUUUCCAUUCCUUGUCAAGUGUUGAGGUACCACCAUGGUAUAAGACAAAUGCAUUUUCCAAGCUUCUGUUUUGGGGAUGUCAAUACUAAAGAGCAUCUUUACUACUAGCCCAGAUGUGGAGAUGCUGGUGUUGGGUUCAGGUGGACAAAGCAAAAGUCUGACACCAGAUUAUAAUCCCAACAGAUUUAUUUAAAAUCACAAGAUUUUGGAGCUCUGCUCCUUUGUCAGGUGAAGUGGAGGAAUACACCCAGGCACAGAAUAUAUGGGCAGGGAGAUAAUGACAAGGUAUUUCCAAAUAGUUAAGAAUAUCAAUGGACAAGUAAAAAUUGUGACUAAAGUGUCCACAGACUGAGUAACAAGUCUUUGCUGGUAAUCAAGAGUAGAGUGUGUGGUGCCUGGGAAAGCACAGCAGGUCAGGCAGUAUCUGAGGAGCAGGAGAAUCGACAUUUUUGGUAUAUGCCCAUCAUCAGGAAUGAGGCUUGUGGGCCAGGGAGGCUGAGAGAUAAAUGGGAGGGGGUGGGGCUUGGUGGGAGGGAGCUGGGAAUGGGAAAGUAAUCAAGAGUCAAGAGUGUGGUGGUGGAAAAGCACAGCAGGUCAGGCAGCAUCUGAGGAGCAGGAAAAUUGAUAUUUCCAGCAUAAGCCCUUCAUUAGUCACACGACAAGGAUCUAACAAAAGUAACAAGUUCUCUAUGGUACAAUGAAUUAUGGCCUCCUAGGAUAUAAAUGGGAAAUCAGACAUGUAUUUCAAAACAGUUUUUCUGAUGUAUAUUCUUCUCCACAGGAGCAUGGGUAGUUGGAGGAAAGAAACCCCUCUCGCCAGUUCCAAAUUAUCGCCAAAUUUUAGCCAGGUCUGAGGCAAAACCAGCCUUGCCGUUGAAUUGUAUGCUAACCAGGAACUUGAUUAAAAUGCAGGCUGAGGUUUUUUGCAAUUCAUGAAUAGUAAAUAGGAAAUAUUCAGUAAGCUCCCCUUGCAUUAAUAUACUUUUUAAAUAGAUCCUGAUCAUUCCUUGACAGAAUUCAUCAAGCUCAUGAGAAAUUUUCAUUUUUUUUUUCCCUUUUUUAAGUGAUAUUCAGGUAAAAUUGGAAAGCAAUAUCUUUCUCUCUGUCAGAUUUGGUCAGUCAGAGAUGUGAGCUAGUACUUAUGUUGUUUUUUACAGGAUUAUGUGGAUCAUGUCUUUUUUGUUUCCCUGCAGUUCUAACUGUUUCACCUAUUGUGCAUAAAUGCCAACCUAGCGAAGUGAAGAACAUCUGCACCCUGAUGUGCUUGCAGUUUUUAUCUGCUACCUGCCUUAUCUUUUUCAACUAUUUGCUCCUUUAUAAGUUUUUUUGGGACUACAGCUCUUUCUCGGUUUUGUUUGUUCUCUCAUCCUGUUUUUCUUUCACUGUUGGUUUGUCUACUGGCAGUACUUGAUUUGUCUAUCUGUACGUCAGCUGUACUCUCACUGUCACAUUUUUUCUGUCACUAGUAACACUCCCCUGCUAAGUCCAUGGGCCGCAUUUGCCUUGCAGGGACUUCUUGCAAUAAUUCUGUUUGAAGCCUCACCAACUGCACAAGGCAAUCACUGGAUCUAUUUGAGUAGGGUUUUGUGGGCAGUUGUCCAGACUUACAUCAUCAUCUCUGGCUCUCUGUCGAGUGCUCCUGUGUUCAUCCACCCCUUUAUGCAUAUAUUCUCUUUGGAUUAUUUUCUCUUGCCAACCAUCAGGGAACACUGAUGGCAAGUAAAGCUGUUGCAGUGGACUACUGUACACAACUCACUGUUUCUAUCAUAAGAAGAAAGUGCUAUAAAAAGAUGUUUAAGCAAGCACUUUAGCUGAAUUUGUUGCAUUUACAACAGGAAAUCUGGGAUAGUUCCACUUUUGAAAACAAAAACACUAACAGACAGUUCACUGCUGGUGCUUUCCUCAUUUGUAGACUAAUUGCUGCUAUGAGCUAUGACCUCCAUUUGUGUUUCAUGACCAAGAGGAUGGCAGAGGGCAAUCCAGAUAAACUUUGAAUGUUUUGUUUUCUUUACAUUCUUAUUUUUGUUAUAGCCAAGUGAGGUGGCGAAAGAAAGCAUUUUGACUCAGAAUCCCUUUUAUUUUCAUCUUUCCCUAAGCGCCAGGUUUUCAUAUCAGUAAAAGAAACUUUUCCAUUCAACAGUUCAGAUAUUUUAUUGCUCACCUCGGGAACAAGUGGGACUUGAACCCAGGCCUCUUGGCUCUACCAGUGUACAGGAGCCUGUUUCAUCACAGUAAAGCUUACUUUUGCAGGCAUGGUUUACCCAGUUAUGUUUAACCAAACUGUAAUAUAACUUGUAUAAAAGAAUACAUUUUUGCAACCCCCCUUUUCGUUCCUUCUAACUGUUCACUCCCUCACUGCUCCACCACCAAAAACAGAACUGUUUCUUUCUGUGAAUGAGUUUGUGUACAUAUUCGAUUUUUUUAAAAACAUUUCAAGUAUUGUCUCUGUUCUCUUCCAAUAAAGGCAGAAAGCCUUCAAUCCAGUGCCUUUUCUCUGACAGCUACUGACAUGAUGGGGAGUACUGAACACAACUUAGUGUGCUAUAAAAAGAUCAGCUUAUUUGACCAUCAGUUUCAAAGCAUGUCAGAGCUUCACUGACAACAAUAUUUGGGUUGUGUAACUAUUCCACAAAAUGCGUUUCCCCUUCCAGAAACACUCAUUGAGAACAAUUCCUACAUGUUGUGACUUUCUACAACAUUCCAGAAGCCAUUUCCCCAAUGUAAAUAGAUGUUCAAGACCUCAUUUUGUGUGUCUGUAUAAUGUAGAUGUGGUGUUUUAAAUGUGGUAAUGUUUGUAUAGUUGCCUUGUGUUGUCCAUUCAGUGGUGUUAUCUAUUAGUUUGUUUGAGUGUUGUAUGCUGCUUCUGCAGAGUUUCUAUAAAAGUCUCAAAGCACCUAAGAUCAUGAUUGAUUUCGCUGCCCCCUCCCCUCCAAAUCACCAUUGCAGCUUGCUGCGAUCUUUAAUGUUUUAUUGUGGGUUUAUAAAUUUUCAAUUUACACUUUGUAUUAGAUUUACCAGAUAUUAAGGAAACUGUUGCCUCUUCAUCUGCGUGCAUUGUUAUAAAAUUAAAUAAAUGGUUUAUUUUAAGACACACUAAUUUAGACCAGUUUUGUUGAAGCCAACUGGGUUUUACAUCAAAACUUAAAAUAUGAAUCGCACCAGCAGAGUAUAUAUGUGAAAAUGCUUCACACUUUGAAAUAGUCAUUGAUCUAUCACAUUCAAGACAAGAUUUUGCUUCAGCUACAGUACAUUCAGUGUAAAUAAACUAUCCUUUUAUAUUUAUGAUCUUCAAUAUGGCAGCUAAGGUAUCAAUAAUAGUUGCUUGAAUAAUAUGUUGUGAUAUUAGAACUGAGAAACUUAAUGCAUAUAACUUAAAUCCUUCUCUUACCUUAAGAACUACAAUGUCAUAGACCUAAUCAUUGUGGUGUGGAAUUGUAUUUCAAUGUGUUUGUGUGUACAUUUGUGGUUAAUAUGAAAUAUUUGUGAAUUACGAUAAAUGUGUUUGGGAACAUUGCCAUUGUGAAUGUUUGUAACUUUGGCAGAACAAUAUCUGUUACACCUGUGUUGUAAUGCAAGUUAGUUCAGGAUUUUUUUUUAAAACAAACUUCCUUUGCAUAACCAUUGCAAUUCUCAGAAUUAGAAUGCAAUUAAAGAGUGACCCCUGCUAACCCAAUUUAGCAGAAUUGUUCUUGAGCAAUUUUAUUGCUUGCUAUAAAUAACUGACUCUAUAGUUGUUUGCUAGUUUUGCAAAAACAAUUGAGAAGCAUCAAUUCUUUUCAUAUACUAGGGCUGCUAUAUUUAAUCAGUGCCUGAGAGAGUCAGACUCAACCAUUACAGUUUUCGAUAUCCAUCAACUCUGACCAUGCCUCUGAAUCAGACAUGUUUUCAUGCUUAGCUUAAUAAUAGAUUCUAGAGUAUUUUAGGCCCCGAAUGGAGUAGUUUCUUCCUUUUUAACUGAAGCAAAUACAAAUAUUAGGGCACUAUAGCUACCAUUGGUCAAUAGUAUGACAGUAUAAAUUGUUAUAUUAAUUCCAGUUCAGAAAGACUUCAUUUACAACUUUUUAAUAAAGUUAAUCACCUUGGUUAGCUUCAUUUUUCCUUUCCUCUUUGCUUUUCCAAGUUUUUUUAUUUAUUUUAACUUUGAUCCUAUUCUGGACCUCUCAUUGAUUUUAAAAUAUCUUCCAGUUCUCUUUCCCUCCUCCAGCCUAUGUUCCAUUCAAAUGCAUCCGUCUUUGAUCAAAAACAGCUCUACGAAGCAACUUUUUAACAUCAUUUGGAUCACCUGUGCAGUGAAACUUGUACUUUUUGGUGUGUGAUACGCACUUUUUAAUUUUACACUAAGUAAAAUCUGUUCAAUGCAAAAUCAAUGAUUCCUGAUGGGAUUCGGGCAAGUGUUUAGCCGCCUUGCCCAUCUCCUUUGAUGUCCUGGCUAAUGUACUGCAUGUUUUGAAUGCAUAUUGGAUGAUAUUGACUGAGUGCAUUUGAAGAUCAUAUCUGAGUAGAAAGUGCUUUAAAAUGUGAUUUAAUAAAUGCAAAAGUGCCACAAAGAUGGUUGCAGUAAAGAAUUUUUUACACAAUUGUUCUGGAUUUAGGAAUCUCAUUAUUUGCUUGAUUACCAUGCAGCAAAUGGUCUGUCACAAAUGUCUGUUUGCCACUUCUAAUUAAUAAGCCAUGUCUCAGCGAUUUCAGGCGAUGUAUUUGCUUUGAAAAGCUGCCAUAGAUUACUGUUUCUUUGAUAAAUUUUAAAAAAGGUAUUGCAAAUAUUAAGUAAAGAUAAAAGGUUUUUCUUACAUUUAGACAUCCAAAAAGAAAAUUUUAACUCAUUUGUUCCUGGUCUUCCUAGGUAAAGGUAAUUAAUGUGUCUGUUAUACCUACAAGAAGAGGUCUGAUAUGCUAAAAUAAAUUGCUGUGUAAAAUAUAAAUAACCUGAUUACAGAUGUGCAUUUUAAAUAUUUUGUUC